AUGAUUCAUGAGAUCUAUUUACAAUUGAUAAAAACAAAAUAAAAAAAAAAUAAAAAAACAAAAAACAAAAUUUCUGUUGAAGACAAUUGACAAAAAUAAUUUGUCACCGGCUCACCGUUCAUCAAUGGCCGAACCCAAUGUCCCGGGCGACCUGCUCAUAUGAUAAUGGCUAACAGAAUCAAAUGAAAUUCAAAUUCAGAGCCCCAGCUACAAGAAAUGGCGGCACCCAAGCUCAGGCUUCGCGAAGCCAUAGACUCGUUAUACAUUUACGGUCCUGCAACUCAUGAAUCCUACACUCGCCUCGCUCUCGAAUGCUUUAGAGCCAACGAUGUUGAUCAAGCCAAGAGAUUACAAUCCCAUAUGGACAUUCACUUGUACCAACCCAGUGAUAGUUUCCUUCAGAAUCGAAUUCUUCAUGUGUUUGCUAAAAGGGGUGAUAUCUCCAAUGCUCGAGACCUGUUCGAUAAAAUGCUCCACAGAGACAUUUUUUCCUGGAAUGCGAUGCUUUCUUUGUAUGCAAAAGCUGGAUUGAUUGAGGAUUUGCGUGCUUUCUUUGAUGACAUGCCUUCUCGCGAUUCUGUAUCGUAUAACACAGUGAUUUCUGGUUUUGCAAAGAAUGGAUGUGCAAGCAAGGCAGUGGAGGCUUUUGUCCGAAUGCAAAAUGAAGGACUUAAGCCUUCAGAGUACACCCAUGUGAGUGUUUUAAAUGCGUGUGCGAAGUUGUUCGAUUUGAGGAAAGGAAAGCAGAUUCAUGGGAAAAUCCUUACUCGUAAUUUGGGUGGCAAUGUGUUUAUUUGGAAUGCCUUAACUGAUAUGUAUGCCAAGUGUGGCGAGAUUGAUAAAGCUAGGUGGUUGUUUGAUAGAUUGGCACAUAAGAAUGUUGUGUCAUGGAAUUUGAUGAUUUCUGGAUACUUGAAAAAUGGGCAGUCUGAAAAAUGCAUAGACUUGUUUCAUGAGAUGCGGGCAUUAGGUUUGAAGCCUGACCAGGUUACAGUUUCAAAUAUUCUCGGUGCAUAUUUUCACAGUGGAUAUAUUGACAAAGCAGUUAAGAUAUUUAGUGAGAUCAAAGAACGAGAUAAGGUUUGUUGGACAACAAUGAUAGUGGGUUGUGCACAGAAUGGAAAAGAAGAAGAUGCUUUGAUGUUGUUCAAUGAUAUGUUGUUAGCAAAUGUCAGGCCAGAUGGUUAUACUGUCUCGAGUGUGCUUAGUUCCUGUGCCAAAUUGGCUUUUUUGUUUUAUGGUCAGGCUGUCCAUGGGAAAGCAUUAGUUAUGGGAGUCAAUGAAGGUUUGCUUGUGGCUAGUGCUCUUGUCGAUAUGUAUUGCAAAUGUGGAGUCACUGCUGAUGCUUGGGUUGUAUUUAGUACAAUGCCAGCUCGAAAUGUGGUAUCUUGGAAUGCCAUGAUUGGGGGUUAUGCACAAAGUGGACAGGAUUUAGAGGCCUUAGCCCUUUAUGAAAACAUGUUGCAAGAAGAUAUAAGACCAGAUAACGUUACAUUUGUGGGAAUUCUCUCUGCUUGUGUCCAUGCUGGUUUAGUUCAAGAAGGAAAGAGAUAUUUUGAUUCAAUGAGCAAAUUCCAUGGACUCAUACCUACUUUAGAUCAUUUUGCAUGCAUGAUCAAUCUCCUUGGACGUUCAGGAUGUGUGAACGAAGCCAUGGGCCUGAUUAAUAGCAUGCCCUAUGAACCAAAUUCCCUAAUUUGGUCCACUGUUUUAUCUGUUAGUGCAAUGAAGGGUGACAUGAAGCAUGGAGAGAUGGCAGCUAGGCACCUAUUUGAAUUGGACCCCCUGAAUGCUGGACCUUACAUCAUGCUGUCCAAUAUGUAUGCUCGUUGUGGCAGGUGGAAAGAUGUUGCAUCUAUGAGAUAUCUAAUGAAAACUAAGAAUGUUAAAAAGUUUGCUGCCUACAGUUGGAUCGAGAUCGAUAAUGAAGUCCACAAAUUUGUAGCAGAUGAUCGAACUCAUCCAGAUACAAAAAUUAUCUAUGAAGAACUCCAUGGAUUGAUAAGGAAACUGCAGAAAGCUGGGUUUAGUCCAAAUACUAAAUUGGUUCUGCAUGAUGUUGGGGAGGAAGAGAAACUUAAAUCCAUUUGUUAUCACAGUGAAAAACUUGCUCUUGCAUUUGGAUUGAUAAAAAAGUGUCAUGGACCCAUAAGGAUUAUAAAGAAUAUUCGGGUUUGUGGAGACUGCCAUGUUUUUAUGAAGUUUGUAUCUAAAAUUACAGGAAGGUCAAUCAUCCUACGGGAUUCAAACAGAUUCCAUCAUUUUGUUGCUGGGAAGUGCUCCUGCAACGAUUACUGGUGAUAUAAAGUUCAAUAACAUAUCUAAGUGAUAAAAAUUAAACCACGGUCUCUAUGUAUCAAUGCCUAUGUAUUUUUUUAUAUACUUUUCUUUUUUAUUUAUAUUAUUUCAAUUCCAUUCUUUUAA